UGAUGGGUCUCAGCCCCCAGGGAGUUGCUAUCUUGCUCUGCCUUCUAGCAUGUACUGGGAACUCUACCCACGGAUGCAACGGCAGAGCCUUGAAAGAGACCAUCCACAUUUUGAACCAGGUCACAGACAAAGGGACGCCAUGCACCGACAGAAUGAACGUCUCAGACAUCCUUACAGCGAGAAACAACACCACGGAGAGGGAACUUAUGUGCAAGACUUUCCAGGUGCUUCACAAGUUCUAUAUCCCACAUGAGACUCUGUGCUUGGCAAACAAUCCCAGGCUUCUCAAAGACCUGAGAAGACUCAUCAGGAACAUCCACGGCCUGUCUCCAUCGCCGAGGGGCUGGACUCUGGAUCCUCUGAUGGAACCAAGAGAAGAGGAGAACACAGGCUAAGGACAGACAUAAAACACACGCGAGGAGAAACUUCAGGAUUAAGUGCAAGUCUUGGGGCUUGUGAUCGGAGCAGUUAUGGAGGCUACCUAGCCACAGCCAGUGCCUGUUCGGUGGACUGUACCUUGUCACUGACAGCGAAGAUGGUACCAUCGGCUCUCUCCCAUUGUCCCUAUCCUCACUGCUUUGCCCUCAACCACUGGAUAGGUUAUCUCUAACUGGCACUUGGCAAUGGGUAAUCAGUACCUAGAGGAUAAAUGCCUAACAAAACCAUAUAGCUGUGUCUUGUGUGCAACACU